AUGUCGAUUUCAAGUAUAAUUUUCUUUGAUAAUAAAGCGGACGAGCGAUUAUCAGUCCUAAGGAGACUGGUUCACAGCCAUGAUAGCCCUCUCUUGGAAGAUUUCAUGCGCCAGUCUGCUUUCCUAUUAAGGGAGGAAGUGUCUCGACAACCCCAGCACAUCGGAGACCAGAUUCCACAGUUUGCAGAUAUCGUGGAACUUAUUGAGCGAUCUCAUGAUCGGAAUAUUCCUAUCCUCGAGUAUGCGCUUCUCUGCAUAUAUCAGAUCGGUAGUCUUCUCCAUUCCAAAGACACAUCCUUGGUAUCGUCAAACUCAAAAGCCGCUCAAGUUGUAGGCUUUGAGGCUGGCCUCCUCGCCGCAACAGCUUUAGCCGUGUCUGCAGAUGUCACAGAACUAUCGAAAAUCGGACCGCUGGUGGUUGUUCUGGCCCUCAGGCUCGGAAUCUACAUCUCGCGCAUUGCAGAGCUUCAGAGCCUGGGAACUGAUGACUCAACCAGCGGUUAUGGUUUGAUGACCCUUGAGGGGAUUCUAGAAGCCGAUGUAGAAGCCAUUCUCACACAGAAAGAUUUACAACAGUUAACACCCGGUUCUCGCCCUUACACUAAAGAGUCAUACAGCGACUCCAUCGUGGUCACUGGACCAUUCGGAGUUUUGUUGGAGCUGGCUAAGCGUCCUGCAUUGGAGCAAUAUGUGAGGCUUAUCACACCUACCGCGGGAUGCUUAAAUGCUCCCCAUCUCUACAGCAUGGAAGAUGCUGAGGACGUCUUUCGUGGCUGGUGCGGUGAGAAGGCUUUCAGAGAAAUGAAUCAGCAGAAGUCUAUUCUGAGUCCGCACCGAAUAACAACGUCGAGCAAAAAUGGCUACGAGCUGCUUGUGGAGCAGGUACGGGACGUCCUUGAAAGUAAGGUUGUCUUUCCAACUCUCUGUGGGACAAUUUCGAGUUCUGUUCCUGCUGAGGGAUCAGACCGCAAGCUUUUCGCAUUCGGAGACAAGCCUGCGCUUCGUGAGUUGCUUGCAGCUCUUGGACUACAAGACUACAGUGAUAUACUCCCCAAGCCGGAGGCAACUGAUGCAAAGACGUCCGGAAGAAGUAACAAAAUUGCCAUCGUUGGCUAUUCUGGACGAUUUCCUGGAGCGGCGGACGCGGAGCUUCUGUGGGAGUUGCUCAGAGACGGGCGUGAUGUCCACCGCGAGGUACCGAAAGAACGCUUUGACAUCGAUACUCACUAUGAUCCAUCUGCAAAGAGGAAAAACACAACCCAGACAAGAUUUGGUGGAUUUGUUGAGAAUCCAGGGCUAUUCGACCCACGAUUUUUCAACGUUUCUCCCAGAGAAGCGUUCCAGAUGGACCCUGUCCAGAGGCUUUCUUUGAUCACGGCUUACGAGGCUCUUGAGAUGGCUGGAUGCGUUGCAGGACGGACACCAUCAUCACAGAGAAACAGAAUUGGAACUUUCUACGGUCAAGCUGGUGACGACUGGAGAGAAGUGAAUUCAGGCCAAGACGUGGAUACCUACUUUAUCCCCGGUGGCAUCCGUGCUUUUACCCCUGGUCGUGUCAACUACCACUUCAAGUUUUCUGGACCUAGCUAUAGCGUGGAUACUGCAUGCAGCUCUAGUCUUGCGGCAAUUCAGCUUGCAUGCACAUCGCUCGGCAAAGGAGAGUGCGAUACUGCUAUCACUGGUGGCGUGAAUAUCCUGACUAACCCUGACAUCUUUGCUGGACUUAGCCGCGGCUAUUUCCUGUCUCAAACUGGACAAUGCAAGACAUUUGACAACGAGGCAGAUGGUUAUUGUCGUGCUGAUGGUGUUUCAAGCAUUAUCCUCAAGCGAUUGGAGGAUGCUGAAGCUGACAAUGACAAUAUCCUCGCCGUGAUCUUGGGCUCAAAGACAAACCAUUCAGCCGAGGCAGCCUCAAUCACAAGACCCCAUCAUGGCGCUCAAGCGUUCCUCUGUCGCAGUAUUAUGGAGGAAGCUGGAGUCAACCCGCACGAGGUUGAGUAUGUUGAGAUGCAUGGUACUGGAACGCAAGCCGGUGACUACAACGAGAUGCUCUCUGUCAGCGAGGUCUUUGCGUCAGAGCACACGGAGACACGCUCCUCUCCAUUGUACGUCGGAGCCAUCAAAGCAAACAUUGGUCAUGGAGAAGCUGCCUCUGGUGUCAUGUCUUUGAUCAAGGUUCUGAAGAUGCUGGAGCACAAUGCGAUCCCUCCGAAUGUCGGCAUCAAAAGUGGCAUCAUCAAUGAGAAAUUCCCCAAGAACCUCACAGAAAGGAACCUCCAUAUUCCCAUGGAGCUGACUCGCUGGUCUCCUCAUGCCGACUACUCACCUCGUCUGGUAUUCUUGAACAACUUUUCUGCGGCCGGUGGCAAUACUGCGAUACUUAUUCAAGAAGGCCCAUUCAAAUUGCCUUCAUCAGAGGCUGAUCCUAGAUCCCGCCUGGUGAUCUCCGUCUCCGCACGAUCAUUGAGCGCACUGAAGAACAACAUUAAAAAUCUCGCGGCCUACUUAGCUAGAAACCCUUCAGCCUCUCUAGCAGAUCUGUCAUACACGACCAUGGCCCGGCGGAUAAUGUACAAUUACCGAUUCUCCUGCGCAGUAACAGACAUAUCAGCAGCCCAGAAAGCACUAGCAGCUGCAUCUGAACAAGACUAUCGUCCCAUCCAGACUCAGAAAGUGGCCUUUGCAUUCACAGGCCAGGGCGCUGUAUACUCCUCUCUCGCACGGUCUCUAUUUGAAACAUCAUCCCAGUUCCGUUCCACCAUUUUGAUCUGCGAGAAGCUAGCCAAGACACAGGGCUUUGUCUCCUUUGUUCCUGUGAUUGACGGCUCAAUUUCCGAUCUUGACACAGUCCAGCCUCUUAUUGUGCACCUUGCUACAGUCUGCGUGCAGAUGGCUCUAGUUGAUCUCUGGGCUUCGUGGGGAAUCAAGCCAUCUGCAGUGGUUGGUCACAGUAUUGGCGAAUACGCUGCCCUAUAUGCUGCAGGUGUUCUCUCGGCGAGUGAAGUAAUUCACCUUGUGGGAAGUCGAGCAGAGCUUAUGGAAAAGCUUUGCUUAACAGGAAGCCAUGGAAUGCUAGUUGCUAAGAGUUCUCAAUCGCAGUUGGCUCAGUACAUCACUGGCACUGAUCUUGAUAUCACAUGCGAGAACAGCCCAGAAGAAAUCGUCGUCGGUGGACCGCAAAAUUCUAUUGAUGACCUGGCAGAGAAAUUGGCCACACAAGGAAUCCAGAACAAGAAGCUUGCAGUUGCAUAUGCGUUCCACUCCUCCCAAAUGGAUCCAAUCCUGCCCGACUUUGAGUUUGUGGUUAGCUCAGUUACACUGUCCACGCCGAAGAUUCCGAUCAUUUCCUCUCUUCUGGGGCGAGUAUUGGAGCCAACUAGCGGCGAACUCAGCCAUCAAUAUUUUGCACGCCAUACUAGAGAAGCGGUUCUUUUCUCUGCUGCAGUCGCCGAUGCGAAAGACAAAAGUAUCAUUGAUGAUGAGACUGUUUGGAUAGAGGUUGGCAGCCACCCCAUCUGUAAUGGGAUGCUUAAAUCUAUCCUGGGCUCAGAGACAGUCGGUCUUGCCUCCUUGCGCAGAUCUGAAGACCCGUGGACUACGCUCUCAUCCAGUCUUUCAACUCUGUACAACCGCGGGUUCUCGAUCAACUGGAGUGAAUACCACCGAGAUUUCGAGCACGCACACAGGCUUCUCAAUCUUCCUUCAUACGCCUUUGAUCUGAAAAACUAUUGGACUCAAUACCAGAACGACUGGUGUCUCUCAAAGGGAGACACAGCAGUAUCUGCAAUUAAGAAAGAGGAACUGCCUUCGGCUCCUUCGGCCAAGCGAGGACUUUCUCUUACUGUCCAGGAGAUAUUGGAGGAGAAGAUCGAAGAUGGCAUUAUCACCUUCCUGGCGCAGUCGGAUGUCUCUCACCCCAAGCUGAGAGCCCUCAUUUUCGGCCAUCUCGUGAAUGGAGCCGGAUUAUGCCCUUCUACUGUCUACGCAGAGAUGGCUUUGACGAUUGGAGACUACCUGCACAAGAAGGGCUUCGAUGGAGCCGCCCCGACCGGGAUGAACGUUUGCUCCAUGGAGGUCGGAAAGCCUUUGGUCCUGAGUCCAGACACAAGCAAGGCACAACUUGUCAGGAUUGCAGCUACACUUAGCGAAGGCUCCGUCAGGUUCCAGUUUUUCGGCGUCGAUGAGACUGGCAAGACAACAGUCGAGUAUGGUGUGUGCCAGGUCAAAUACGGCGAUCCAGAAAAGUGGCUCCGAAAGUGGAACAAGCACGCUUAUUUAGUCCAUGAGCAAAUUAAGAAGCUUGAGACAGCAGUUGGCAAUGCAAACACCCACCGAGUCGGUCGGGGAAUGGCCUACAAGCUCUUUUCGGCAUUGGUUGAAUACGACGAGACCUUCCGUGGCAUGGAUGAAGUGGUGCUUGACGCAACCGCAUUUGAAGCGACUGCAAAGGUGAACUUCAAAACUGGGGAGAGAGAUCCUGAUUAUUACAUGAAUCCUCGAUGGAUGGAUAACUUGUGCCAUAUUUCUGGGUUCAUUGUCAAUGCAAGCGAAGCAACUGAAUCUGGUGAGCAAGUGUACAUCUCUCACGGUUGGGAGUCGCUCCGUCUCGGGGCCACGAUCUCCCAUGAUAAGACAUAUCGAUGCUAUGCACGAAUGGCGCUCGUGGAGGGUAGCGCUGUUAGGCAGGGUGACGUCUAUAUUCUUGAUGGGGACACAGUUGUUGGUGUGGCUGGUGGCGUCAAGUUCCAGUGUGUGCCACGCAGGCUCCUUAAUCACCUGCUACCUCCAGUGAGCAAGGCAUCAAAAGCAACAGCUCCGCCUACAGCGGCUAAGGGCACUGUAUCUUCUUUGAAGCCUACUUCACGGUCAGCAGCGCCCGCUCUAGUAACUCAGGCCCAGGUGAAGCCAGUCACAGCCGCCGUGACUUUUGAAAAGCCUGCGAGCGCGAGGGUUCUCGAUAUUGUGCUCAAUGAAUGCAGCAUCGAGCUGGAGGAGCUAGACGAUAGCUCCGCGUUUGAGAGCCUUGGAUUAGACUCUUUGCUUUCGCUGGCAAUUCUUGCAAAGCUUAGAGAGGAUCUUGGUCUUGACCUCCCGUCUUCCUUCUUCAUUGACAAUCCAACAUUUGGUCAUUUGAAGAGAUUCCUGGCUCUGUCAUAUGCUGAUGAGCAGGUUUCGACGGGUGUAUUAGAUUCCGGGUACAACAGUAGCCCAUCUGGCACAGCUUCACCUUCGCAAGAAUCUUCUUCGAGCUAUGACAGCGCAAUGGACAUUCCCAGGGAUAAUAGUCUCUAUGCCACCAUCAGGACCCUCAUUACUGAGGAGUUGGGAGUGGGUCUGGAGGAAAUCGCAGACAAUUCGGAUCUUGCUAGCAUGGGUAUGGACUCAUUGAUGUCACUCUCAGUGACUGCUGGUAUCCGGGAACAAACAGGGCUAUACGUUCCGGACGAUAUUUUGAUUCAAUGCACAACUGUCGCUCAACUGGAAGAAGCGCUUCGUCUCGCUCAGCCUCCUAAGGCUACUACAAAGCAAGUCACGAAGCCUCUAGUAUCUCAAACAGCACCCACCACCCCAAAGGCGCUAUCGUUCCUCAUUCAAGGGAGUCCCCGAAACGCUCGCGAGACUGUCUUCUUCUUUCCUGACGGGUCUGGCUCAGCCACCUCUUACGCACCUAUCCCAGCCAUCGGUGAAGAUGUCUGCGUUUACGCGCUGAACUGUCCCUACAUGAAGAUCCCCGAGGAAUUCCAAUGUGGAAUUGAUGGAGUAGCAACCAUCUAUAUCGAGGAAAUGAAGCGUCGGCAGCCAAAGGGUCCGUAUAACAUCGGCGGCUGGUCCGCUGGUGGAGUCAUGGCUUAUGAGGCCGCCCUUCAACUCCAGGCAAAGGGGGAUACCGUUUCCAGGCUCAUCUUAAUCGACGCCCCUUGCCCCGUGAAGCUUGAACCCGUGCCUUCUAAACUCUUCCGCUUCUUCGAUUCCAUGGGCGUGCUUGGUGACCGGAGCAAUAAGAAAUCACCACCCUAUCUCAUCCCUCACUUCGAGGCAAUGAUCCGGAACCUGGAUACAUACAUCGCGCGCCCUUUCCCGCGUGGAACUGAGCCGAAGGUUCUUGCCAUUUGGGCUCGUGAAGGCGUAUGCAAGGACGCCAAUAGUCCGCGACCAAAGCGAGAGCCUACUGACCCCAAGGUCAUGGACUGGUUGUUGGAUAAUCGUACUGACUUUGGGCCAAAUGGCUGGGAUCAGCUCAUAGCCAAGGAGAGUUUUACCUGUGUUUCCAUGGAAGGGAACCAUUUCUCCAUGAUUGUGAACCCAUUGGUGAAGGAACUUGGAGGGGCCAUUCGGGAUAAUUUCUAG